AUUAAAUGACACCAAGCUGCCAGCCAAACCCCAUGUAAAUUCCAAAAGAUUUAUAAACGCCUAAAGUGAAAGGUGCCUCUCCAGUUCUCAUAACUCAAUUCAAGCAAAACAAACCCACCAAGCAUCUCGAUUUUCACAGUUUUGAGGCCAUGGCUUUGGUGAUGAGGGCCGUGGCUCUGCUGACAGUAAUGACAUUAAUGCUGGAGUUGAUCCAUGCAGCGGUGUACAAGGUUGGGGACUCUGCUGGUUGGACCGCUAGCGGUAACAUUGACUACAAACAAUGGUCUGCUACCAAGACAUUUCAAGUUGGUGACGUAAUCCUUUUCGAAUACAAUGCUCAAUUUCACAAUGUGAUGCGAGUUACACAUGCAAUGUACAGAGCAUGCAAUACCUCUGCCCCUAUGGCAACCUACACCACCGGCAAUGAUUCGAUCACUAUCAAGACCCGUCGUCACCAUUUCUUUUUCUGUGGUGUCCCUGGCCAUUGCCAAGCUGGACAGAAGGUUGACAUUAAUGUGCUACGGAGCGAUGAAAGGGCACAAACUCCUGCAUCUUCUUCAAUGUCCUCCCCGCCAGUUCCUUCUGCCAGAGUAGCCGGGCCGGCCUCAAGUAAUGCCUUGUCAUUGAAGGCUUUGAGAAGUCCUUUUUGUAGCUUUGGUUUGGCAAUGGCUGUUUUGGCAACUUUUUUUUAUAUCAAUCUUGCUUAAUUUGGAGGCUUUGUUGUGCUGAGAAUUCGGGGGACGAUAGAUGUUCUGCAGGUCAAUGCAAUCAAAAAAGUUAUCUAUAA